AUGACCCAAAUGAAACUACCAGCAACCACUAUUUCAAGAAAUUUUAUAGAUAAUCCAAACUAUGAAAAAGAACAUAGCGAAACAAAUGACUCUCCUAAUACAUCCACAUUUACUCUAACAGAUGAUAUCCCUAAUCAUAGGGAUAGUUUAAUUAAUCAAGAUUCAGAGUUUGAAAUAGAAGAUUUUAUGUAUAGUGACGACGAUUUCGAAUACGAUGACGAUUAUAAUCAAACAUAUGACUCUAUGCUUACGAAACCAGUUAAACGUAGUAGUAAAAAGGAAUUAAGUGAAGGUGCUGUUCCAAACCUUAGUUAUGAAAUAUUAACCACUCAAGACAUUUUUGAGAAUAUGUUAGCAAGAGUAGAUCAUUUACAGCCCAUAUUUAAUAUGCCACGUGAAGAUAUCCUUUUAUUGAUGCAACAUUAUGACUGGAAUGAAGAACGGUUACUUGAGAACUGGACUGAGAGGAUGGAGGAAUUAUUGGUAGAGAUUGGUGUAAGUCAAGCAGAUGUAAGGCCUACAGAUAUUAAUGUAGUGAAGGAUACAGAUGAAAUCAAUACUUCUGAGACAAAGAUAGAGAGAGGUAUUACUUAUAAAGAGGGUUUUAACUGUGUUAUUUGUUGUGAAGAAAAAGAUACUCAAACCUUCUCAUUAGAAUGUGGACAUGAAUAUUGCAUUGACUGUUAUAGACAUUACAUCGAAGACAAAUUACAUAGUGGCAACGUAAUAACAUGUAUGGAUUGUACGUUAGCUCUAAAGAAUAUUGAUAUUGAUAGUAUAAUGGGACAUAAUUCAAGUAAAAAAUUGAUGACUUCUUCAAUCAAAAGUUUUGUGCAGAAACAUAAUAAGAAUUAUAGAUGGUGCCCUUAUGCAGAUUGUAAAUGUAUCAUUCAUCUAAGUGAUACAUCAUCUUUAGCAGAAUAUACCAGGCUACAUUAUUCACCUUUUGUUCAAUGUGAUACAGAUCACAGGUUUUGUUUCAAUUGUGGCUUUGAAACACAUGCACCAGCAGAUUGUAAUGUGACAAAUGCAUGGGUAAAGAAGGCAAAGAAGGAAUCUGAUAAUCUGAAUUGGGUAAUGUCACAUACGAAAGAAUGUCCAAAAUGUGAAGUAAAUAUUGAAAAAGAUGGUGGAUGUAACCAUAUGAAAUGUUCUAGUUGUAAGUAUGAAUUUUGUUGGAUUUGUGAAGGAGAUUGGGCCCCUCAUGGGAAAGCAUUUUACCAAUGUACUUUGUAUAAAAAUGAUGAAAACUCCAAAAAAACCCAAAACGAUGAACUAUCUAAGACGAUGAAGAAAUAUACCUUCUAUUAUAGGGUAUUCAACGAACAUGAGAUUUCUGCAAAACUGGAUUGGAAAUUAGGUCAAACUAUUGGAUCGAAAGUACGUGCAUUACAAGAAAAGAUGGAUGUUUCCUGGAUUGAAGGACAGUUUUUAACAGAUAGUAUUAAAAUUUUGAAUGAGGGAAGAACAGCGUUGAAAUGGUCGUUUCCUGUGGCAUUUUACUCAGAUGCAUCCCAUAAUUUGACGAAAAUAUUUGUUGAUAAUCAAAGUCUUCUUUCAAAAGCCGUUGAGGAUCUAUCUGAAUUGUUGCAAAUUAAAGAGCCUGAAGAAAUAAUGAAAAAGAGACUUGAAUUUUAUAAUAAAUCAGGCUAUGUCGAAAACAGGAUGUAUGCCCUCAUGGAAUGUGGGAGAGACUUACUAUGUAAAGGCAUUUGUAAACCAACAGAUCAAAUAUUUAAAUAA